CCGGUGGGGUACGGUGAUGUGAAGGGGAGGGGUCGGGAUACAGAGGUGGCCCUUCCGCACUGUCAUCCCGUCGGUGCCUGUGUCAAUCUCCUGCCCUCAGUCCUGUCUUGCAGGUGCGUCAGGCAGUGCCGCGGUUUGAUUCCGUCUUGACACCAGCGACGAGCGGGGUGGGCAGAGCCGCGCUUGCGACCGAGUCAAAUAUAUCCCGGUGACAGCGGCUUUUGCGCAGAAAACGAGAGGAGACGGGGCCGGUGCUGCGCCGCUGGUUUCCAAAAAAACAGGUGGGAUUUCGAAACGUUGGCGCCUCCGCGACUCCAACUUACCCCGACAAGCGGUCUGCAGUGCGUGAAAUUAAGAUUUAACUAAUGAGGAACAGCGACGAAAAACGCUUUGAAGAAGGAAGAGAAGGUAACGGGGAAACGAAAUUAGACCCCCAAAAAACCAGGAACAUUAAGGAACCAAGAACAUGGUUUUAAUACAUUGUGGAACCUGAAUAACUUUUUUGGUUCUACAAUGCAUAAGCGAUGGAUGCGUCGCAGGCUGCCAGCUUUGAUCUUCACCUUCUUCAUUUUUGUCUACGUGGAUUUUCAACUAUGCACCAGCAACCCUCCAAAACUCCGAGUGGUCCACGACCCGUCCGCCGGUGCGCUCCAUCGCGCCAUCCAGCAGGCUCCCCCCGCGGCCAACGAGGCGCAGGCGCUGGUUGGCAACGGCAGCGGCGCGCACGGCGGACACCCAGCCGCUGGGGCUGCGAUCGUAACCCCGCCGAGGCUGAGGCAGGAGGACAUCUUCAUCGCCGUGAAGACCACCGGGAGGUUCCACAAGACGCGCCUGGCGCUCCUCCUGGAGACGUGGAUCUCCAGAACCAAGGCGCAUACGUUUAUUUUUACAGACACAGAGGAGGAGGACUUAAGUUCAGAAGGUUACAACAUGGUGGUAACAGGCUGUCAGUCAGAUCACAGCCAGCAGGCUCUGUCCUGCAAGAUGUCUGCCGAAUAUGACGGCUUCAUGGCCUCAGACAAAAGGUGGUUUUGUCACGUGGAUGAUGAUAACUAUUUGAACCUGGAGGCCCUCCUCUCGCUGCUCUCGGCCUUCCCCCAGGAAGGCGACAUCUAUGUGGGCAGACCCAGCCUGGACAAGCCCAUCACUGCUCAUGAACUUCUGGAGGGAAACGCAACGAGGGAGGUGCGGUUCUGGUUUGCUACAGGAGGAGCGGGUUUCUGUCUGAGUCGGCGGCUGGCGGAGAAGAUGGCUCCGUGGGCCAGUGGUUCCCAGUUCGAGAAGACUUCGGCGACCAUCCGUCUCCCUGACGACUGUACGGUGGGCUUUAUCGUGGAGAAGAGGCUGGGCAUCUCUAUGGUCCACUGUCCUUUAUUCCACUCCCACCUGGAGAACCUGCUGCUCAUCAGCCACAGAAGCAUCCCACACCAGGUGACACUGAGCUAUGGGAUGUUUGAGAACAAGAUGAACAGCAUCGAGGUGAAAGGAGGCUUCUCUAAAGAGGAGGACCCCUCCAGGUUUAAGACUGUCCACUGCAUGUUGUAUCCGUUCACCAGCUGGUGUCCUUGAGCUCUUAAAAGACCUCCAUGAACACAUGGGACGAGACUGUCGACCCUGGCCGGAUGAAGGGCUUUUCCUUGGAGUCACACUGUGAGUCUAAGCGCAGAGAAAAAAACCGACGGACUCGGUUUGGUGGAACACUGUCGGAUGCAGAUACCAGAACUGGGGAGGCAGACAGUGUGGGUGAAGCCUUGGACAGUCGCUCUUAGUCCUGCUCUGUCUGCUCAUAAGGCUGAUCUGAUGGACACUUAUCUGCCCAGAACACAGGUUACACAGAGAGUCUCGUCUAUGACGUGAAAAAGGCCUUCUCUUCUUCACCUCUGUGUCACAAACAGACUGUUGCAUGAGGGAAAUGGUGAAUUUCUGGAGUGAAGCACUUGAGACAAGGCACAACUUGUACUUUUUACUGAAACUUCAUCAGCUUGUUUUGUUGACAAAUGGCAUAAAAAUGAAAUGAAAUUGUUCGUAUUUUGAAAUUUUACACAGAUUUCUGUGCAUUAUGUUUUAAUUAAAGUUUGAUCUAUCCUGUGUUCACUUUAUUAUUUCUUUAUAAUCAUUGAAUUGUCAACAUUUUUGAAGUUGCUGAUGAUUAAAACGC